AUGGCUACCCAGGAGAUGGCGAGUACUACUAAGCCAACGAAGAAAACGGCGUCGUUCUUGAUGAAUUUCUACAGAUUCUCCGCCUCUUAUAAACAUCACAAGCCGAAAAAAUCCGGCCGUCAUGAUCCGGACCAGUUAACGAACAAUCCCACGACUAACCCAAGUUGUUCGCCGGCGGCAAAGAUCAAAGGGUCGACGAUGAACAAUUCUGAAGAAACGGAGAACGGCUGCCGGAUGCAGAGAGGGGGAGGAGGAGAGAUGUGCGGCGUCGUCGUCGUGGAGGGAAGUAGGAAAUCGGUGUCUCAUGCGGAGGCUAACUUGGCGUCGGUGGCGACGUUCCUUCAGGUGAAGGUGUUGGUUUCCGACAUGCCGGAACUCAUGCAAGUUCAUGCCUUCCGGUGUGCUCGCCGGACUUACGAUAGCUUGGAGAGGUUCAGCUCUAAGCACAUGGCUUUUAACAUCAAGAAGGAGUUCGAUAAAGUAUAUGGGCCGGCAUGGCAUUGCAUUGUGGGCUCGAGUUUUGGGUCAUUCGUGACCCAUUCAACUGGCUAUUUUCUCUACUUUUCAAUGGAGAAGAAACUCUGCGUUUUGUUAUUUAAAACCAAAGUUGGGAGAGCUGUGUAG